GCAAUUCAGUACAUCCGUAGCCGUUCUCCGGUGAACUUUAUUCAAAAUUAAUCCGAAAAAUAAUCACUUAAACCGCCACGAUCCACGACAUCAUCGAAAAAUCGAUUGUAAAAAAUUCUAGACCAGUGCUCCCCCACCAUGUCGCCAAUUCUAAGAAGCUAGAACAAAGGAAAAAAUCUCCCACCAUUUUGUAUGCAUAAACUAUGCACAAUUUUUGACGAGUUUUUACAGUUUUAUAAAUUUUUAGUGAGAUGUCAGUGCUUUCGUACCAGUUACUCUUUGUUAUUGGAGCCCUGUGUGCGUCCGUCUAUGCCUCAACAACACAAACAGUAAUUUUCAAGUGUUGUAAACAGGGUGAGGAACUGGAAAAAUCUGAGAGUGCUGGUGAUGAUGUUGAUAAGUUAAAAUGUGUUCAGAAUCGGGAAGCAUGGGUGCCGGUUAUUUACUCACCGGCGAAACAAAAUAUCGUUCCCCAUCCUCCAUCGCACUGGAAAAUAGUCGAGGGAAAAAGGCCAAAUUGCGUCGAUGGAAAAGUACUUACCUUUGUCCCGUACACUUCUUACAAUCCUGUUUUUAUUCUCGACAUUGGAGAUGCAAUUCUCGAGGGUGGCAGCGGUGGUACUUACGCCUCCAGCGAGUAUUGUGCAGAUACGAAGGCAUUACUUAUAUGUAUUGCCCCUAAGAAAGUGGAUGUGAGCAGGGCUGCAGCCACCAUGAGGCCCAGAGUGCACAGGUGUUGUGGUGAAAAUGCGGUUUUCAGUGAAUCAAGAGACGGGUGUGUCAACAUGAAAGAACCCGACAAUGUAUCACCACUACUGCCGAAUGCAACAUUAGCAACUGAAUUGUUGCCUGGCUUUCCUGUUUGCAAAAAUUCGGAUAAUUUUACGAUAAUCGGGGACACUAAAGAUGCAGCUUUGCAACCUGAUGGUGGCCUUAACGUUGAUGGUAUUCAUUUACCACCAUUGCAAUACUGCGUAGAACGAAUAAAAGAACUCGAAGGAAGAACCAAAAUAUUCGCAUGCUCUGAACACGUAUCUAGGCGGCCAGUGAUGAAGACAAUGGACAUAAGAUUCACUAUGUAUCCAGUGAGUUUGAUAAUAAGCGCGAUAUUCUUGGCUGCAACACUUGCAGCAGGUUGGCUGUUACCUGCAUCUCAUCAUGUACUUCACUGGCGUUGUCAGACCCACCACGUUGUGUGUCUAAUGCUUGGUGAUUUACUGAUGGCUGUGAUACAAUUGGCUAGUAAUUCACUUCAUGGCAAUAGCUGCAAGGCACUUGCAAUAAUGGUCCACUUCUUUUUCCUCGCUGCAUUCUUCUGGCUGAAUACAAUGUGCUUCAACAUAUGGUGGACUUUCCGUGAUUUAAGACCGGCAAGUUUGGAAAAGGGCCAGGAGACAUUACGUCUUCGAGUGUAUGCGUGCUAUGCCUGGGGAUGUCCACUAUUCGUUGCUGGACUCGCUGCUCUACUCGAUCAUCUACCAGCUCAGGAUAACUAUACAUUUUUACGUCCAAGAUUUGGCGAGAAACAGUGCUGGUUUUAUGGUGACACCGAAAUAUUGGCAUAUUUUCAUGGACCAAUAGGGGUACUACUUGCCAUAAACGUCAUGUUCUUCAUAGCAACGGCACGAGAAUUAACUUGCGGAUUGUGGAAAGGGGAGUUUGUCAAAAGUACAACUGAAAGAGCUGCACUUGGGCGUGUUUGCCUGAAACUCGUAUUUGUAAUGGGCGUGACAUGGAUAGCUGAUGUCAUCUCAUGGGCUGUCGGUGGUCCAGAUUACAUGUGGUAUUUCACUGAUCUUAUUAACGCACUCCAAGGGUUGUUUAUCUUUAUUGUCGUUGGAUGGCAGCCACAGGUACGUGCUGGUCUUAAGAGGCUAUUCAGUAGAAAUCCACGUACUAAUGCCGGAAGACAGGGUAACGGACUCAGUACUACUAGUCACGGAAUGCCAAGCAUGGGAGACAGCGUGACGCAAAAUCCAAGUACCAAGACUGCACCGUUGGAGACCAUCUGUUAGGUCGGAUAAAAAAUAGUAUUUUUUUUUCCAACAAAGAAUUUUUUUUUUCCAUAUUCAUACGUUUCAGGGGAGUCCUCAGUCCUUCCCAUGGACAUACGAGGACGAAACAGUAAUUUACAUAUUGAUCCAAAGAAACGCAUCCGUAUGACAAUAAUUUAUUUUUCAUUGACUCCGAUCAAAUUCAAAUAGCUCUUUCCUCUUUUAUACGAUUUUUUAAAUAGUAGAUACGGAUAGAGAAGCGAAGAGUCUCUUGGAAAGUACACAUUUUCAUAAAACAAAAAUGUUUUUUAUUUGCAAUUACAAAAAAUGAGGCAGUAUUGAACAAAGUUGAGUGUCAAAGCGAGAGCACAAAGACAAUUCAUGACAAUAUAAGGAAAGAGAUGGUGAAAAAGUAAUGCGAAAUUAAGGUAAGAGAAGAAUAAAUGACAAAUGCCUUCAGAAAAUGCCUUUGUGAUUUGGUAUGUUUUUACCUGAUGGUAAAUUCAAUUGUGAAUAAAAAUUUUACCGGGUGAGUUGCACAGCGAGAAGAAAGGAAGAAGGAGAAGAUCAGUUGGUAAUCCCUUGUAAGACAAUAUGAAUUAAUUCUCAAUUUUUAUACCUGUAGAGUUUAACUAUUUAAUAUGUGAUUUUUGAUAGGGUAGAAUGAGGAGACAUAAAUUAUUUUAUUAAAAAGAAGUUGGGGAUUUGUCAUGUUUCCUCAUCUUUUGAUUUCAAAGCCAUGCCCCCCCCCCUCUCCCAAACGUUUCCUCUGUUCAAAAACGUUUGAAAAACUAUUUAAAAGAUUGUGAAUUUAAUGAAUAACGAUAUUUGGAACGCUCUGAAAUAGAUCAUGAGCUUGUAACAUCUGAUCUGCGAUAAAUCCAUUCAAACAUAACUGAUAUUCACUGGAUUAAUAUGAAUUAUUUAGAGCACAGAUCGCAAUAUGUCUUACUAUUCGGCUAACUGAUUGGUGGCAGAAAUGCCAGGGUAAAGCCACUUUACUGCACUCCUAUGAGAUGAGGCUACAUGCGAUUUCAAGCCCCUACUCUACGGAAUAAAUAGUGGCUUAUCUUUUAUUUUAUGAAAGAGAAUUUCCAGUUAAAAUAAUAUUCUGAAAUGUCUGUUCUGAAACUUUGACAGUUUUUAUUUAAAAUAAUUGGUGAUGAUCGUCGAUGAUAGGUUCAAAUGAAAAUCAUCUUGUUUUGGAAUUCUGAAACAGCGGAAAAUACAGAGAUAGUACAAAGAUAGUUACAAUAAACAUGAGCUAAGUAUCACUCGACGAUCUCCAUAAAACUGAUGUAAAAUGUAGAGCGUUACAGUACAAGAUGUACUGAUUUUUUCCAUGUACAUGCGAUUCGAAGGCGUAAAUUAGCCUCUUCACACUUAGGUGAAUGAUUACUAUGCAUAUGAGUGAUGAAAAUCACAUCUGAAAUUAACUAUUCGAGUAGGUGGUUUAUACUAUGCCAUCUUGAAAGAGCAACUUUAGGGCAGAUCAAAUUUAAGAGGGACUUUUACUCCUCGUAUACGAUGAAAUGAGUGUAUCUUCGUCCUGUCUCCUCUACAUGUCUAGGUCCCUGUCCGCGAUGUUAAAUUAAUUAACCCCUUAAGUAGGGCGACCGUAUCGCGCGGUAGGUCCUCAUCGGCCAACGACUGCCCAUCAACUUAAAUUCACUCCUCAACACACGGUAUCGAACACUAAGCAAAAAAUUAUCCGCCAAGAAUUUGUCUACUUGUCCAAUAGAUGAGGGCCAUCGGGUCAUGUAAUAAACGAGUUCUCCAAUGAAUUCAUACGAUUUUUGCAUUAAUAUAUUUUUGAAAUGACGUUAAAAUCUUAUUAAAUGAAUUCAUUCAAUUUUACUUCAUUUGAGAAAUCGAUUUCAUGCCAUAAAAAAAAAUCCUAGUCUUUGGAACGAGUACAAAAUUUCUUGACAAAAAAUGUUUUUCGUAAUGCAUAUUUCACUCUUAAAAUUUUUUAACCAGCUCCUUGAUUUAAGUAAAGAAUUGUUAACAUCCUGAUUUAUCAUUGAAAAUAUAACAUUGGAUGAUCCUCAGUUCCUGUCGAGUCGAAUAAAUUGUGAUAAAAUUAUUGGAACACAUCCAUUUCUCAAGAAUUCUUUAUUACGCAGGAAAAUAAAUUUGUUCUUUGCUUUAUCGAAGCUUAUUCUCAUUAUGUAAAUAAAAAUCUCAUUUUUACAAAUUCAUUACUUGAAUAAUCGUCGAUGGAACAAGUAUUAUUAAUUCAUUAUUUAAUUUUCAGUCUAAAAUUAAACAUUAUUUCAAUAAGUAUUUAUUUUGAUGCAGUCAAUCUUCUGUUUUACGUAUUUAAUUAAGAUAGUUUGCCAGUAUACAUAUUAGUAUAAACGUAUUUGCACUUGUUUGUUGCAAAUAAGAAAAACUGUUGAAAGAAAUUUUUUGCGAUGUUUUUGUUUCUAUAAGAUGACAACGGUAGGAAGGAUGGUAUUCAGGAGGCUUUUAUACGUAUACAACAAAAUAGGUACCUAUACUCAAAGCAGAAAUAAAAGCGCAUUAAGUAAUGGAUGAUAAUUGUAGAAAGAUUCGAUUGCAUCAAGCCCUCUUGGCCAUUUUAAUCACCUGGGUAACGUCACCGGUAUUCCAUAUCCGUGGAUUACUGAUUUUAAAAACUCAUCGCAAAGUGUUAACAUAUAUAUUAUUCAACAAUCCCAUUGUACUGAUCACAAAUUGUGUGCACAUGUACAACUAUUUACUUGCUUGAAAUAUCCGGAUUCUUUAAAGGUAUUUCAUAGAUUAACUGAGAAUCUAGCUAACGGGGGCUGAUGCAAUUGUCCUUGAAAGGUAAAUGAAUGGAAAUACAUAAUGGAAAUCCGUGAGGAUAAAGUUUAAAUUGUAAUGAUAGUAUUAACACAAGUAGGAUCCGGCCAGAUUACGUUUUAUUACUGGAUGGGAGAAUGCUAGAAAAUUUGUAUACGUCAUUCCUCGAUUCUGUAUUGUGACAGUAUUUCUAUUGUACUAACGAUUUAAUAAAGUACUCAGUACAACAAA